UGGUCCCCUAGAUGUCCCUCCGACGUCAAUUUGAAUUCCCCCGCGUUUUUACCCCAUUCAAAAAACGCGAGUUCCACCAUAAGACGCAUUGUCUUUAGAGUGUUUGAAAAUCGGUUGUGUGUGUGUUUUUCAGUUUUUACGCAAGAGCGUUUUCUUUUGAGUUUUUCGGAUUUCAAGAGAAAAUCCAGAUCACAAAAAUGAAUCAGGGUGGAAAAAAUAAUCCUGGAUUCGUCCCAGAUGAACUCUUCCACAAUGUGGACCUCGGAAAAUCACCCAAGGACGUUGGAAAGCUUACAGGUGUCUACAGCCUUGAUUACGGAAUUCCCGAUAAGAAGAAAAUGCCACUUUCGCUACCGGAACAGAUGACAAUGACAGAAGAACCAAAGGAAAGAGCAACUUGGGGAAACGGUCUCGAAUUUUUGAUGUCCUGUAUUGCGAUGUCAAUUGGUCUCGGAAACGUGUGGAGGUUUCCAUUUACAGCCUACGAAAAUGGAGGGGGUGCAUUUCUCAUUCCUUAUAUAAUUGUACUGUUUCUCGUGGGAAAACCGUUUUACUAUUUGGAGAUGAUUAUGGGACAAUUUACGAGCAGAUCAUCAGUGAAAAUGUGGGCAUGUGCUCCUGCCUUCAGGGGUGUUGGCUGGGCUCAAAUGUUCUCAAUGAUUGCAGUUGGGACGUAUUACUGUUCCCUAAUGUCUGUAACACUUUACUACCUCAUUGGCAGUUUUCAAUCUCAGUUGCCAUGGUCCACUUGUCUUCUUGAAUGGGGAGAUACGUGUAUUAAUUCUGGUAAAAGUGAUGAUAUUUUGGAAGUUACCUCUAAAAAUAUGAGCCAUAUGAAUAAUAUGAGAAGUUCAGCUGAACUUUACUUUACAAAGACUGUGUUGAAGGAAAAACUCAACAUUGAUGAUGGGGUGGGUUUACCCGAUUGGAGAUUAACCAUCUGUCUCUUUUUUGCUUGGGCCUGCAUAUUUGCAGUUCUAGCUCGAGGAGUUAAAAGUUCAGGAAAAGCUGCAUAUUUUUUGGCAAUAUUUCCAUACAUUAUAAUGAUAGCUCUUUUGAUUAGAGCAGUCACGUUGGAAGGUGCAGUCAAUGGAAUUAUAUUUUUUAUAAAACCACAAUGGGACAAACUUUUCGAUCCCAAUGUUUGGUAUGCUGCGGUCACACAGUGUUUCUUUUCACUUUCGGUGUGCUUCGGAGGCGUUGUCAUGUACUCUUCUUAUAAUGAAUUCAAUCACAAUAUUUACAGAGACGUUAUCGUGGUAACGACCCUGGACACCUUAACUAGCUUAAUGGCAGGAUUCACUAUUUUCGGGAUUCUUGGCAACCUUGCCCAUGAACUAGGAACGGAUGAUAUUACAAAAGUAGUUCGCGGAGGAACUGGUCUCGCUUUUAUAUCAUAUCCCGAUGCUAUUGCCAAGUUUACUGUUUUACCACAGCUCUUUUCAGUUCUAUUCUUCCUUAUGCUCUACGUGCUAGGAAUUGGAAGUGCGAUUGCUAUAGCAGGGGGAAUAAUAAGCAUAAUUAACGAUCAAUUUCCAUCCUGGAAAUAUUGGCACGUAGUUUUAGCGACUUCUGUAUUUGGUUUUUUGGUCGGGACCGUAUAUUGCACCCCCGGAGGACAAUUCAUUUUGGGCUUGGUCGAUUACUACGCUGGCUCUUUUAUUGUGUUCAUUCUUGCAACUCUUGAAAUGAUAGGAAUUUUUUGGGUUUAUGGAUUGGAAAACUUUCUGGAUGACGUAGAAUUCAUGUUAAACAGACGGCCGUCGAUUUACUGGAGGAUAUGUUGGGGUUUGAUCACUCCACUUUUAUUAAUCACCAUUUUGAUUUACAAUAUUGUUACCCUCACUCCUCUCACUUAUGGAGGUGUGCUUUAUCCCGCAAGUGCUUAUGCUGCAGGAUGGACCCUUCUAGCUUUUGGUGUUUUACAACUGCCCUUCUGGCUAAUUUAUACAAUAAUCACAAAAAGAAGAUCAGGCAUGUCUAAGAUGAUCCAAGAAGCGUUUAAGCCAUCGAAAGAGUGGGGACCAAUAAAAGCAUCUGACUUAGCAUCUUGGAGAAUAUUUAAAGACGCCAAAAGACAAAAACGAGAGAAAAGAUGUGCGUCAAAAAUUAAACAAUUCCUUUAUGUGAUCACCGGUUGUGAAGACAGAUUAAUAUAAUCGUCUUACUUUAUCACGAUAAAGAUUAUUUUACAUCCAAAAAAACAUUCGAGGCUAGAGAAUAUAUGUACUAUAAAAGCGACAGAUGAAAAUUAUAUAAUGAUAGAAAGUUGUAUAACAAACGUCUAAAGAGGGAAUUUUAAAUUCAAGUAGGAUUUAUAUUUUAGGCUUGUUUAAAAAGAAAUCAAAGACCCUAAAAUAUAUCUUCAAAAUUUAUCUUGAUUUCUGACCAAAUUACAACUUUGUAAAUCCCGGGUUGAAAUUUAAGUCGGGGGCUGGCCAUUCUACGGCCGGAGAGCCCGGCUUUAAGCCGGGAGCUGGCCGGGGAGCCCGACCGUAGCCCAGACAAGAUCAAUUGGUGCUUUACUAGAUUUAAAUAAUUCGAGUUUUAAUUGUAUGAAGAGCUUUAGUCACUAAAUUAGGGAAUUAAUUUGAUUCAUUUUUACUGCAGAAUUGGAGCAUAUUAAUAUAUGAAAUUCUACACGCCCAGCACACAGACAACAUUAACUAUUUUCAC